AUGGCUGCACAAGAGGAGACUAUGAUGUUGGAGAGAGGAGCAGAUUACCUGUUUGUUUGUGCAGAAUUCAAUCUAGCCAGACAUGCAUUUAAAGAUGCCAUCGAUGACUACGACGAUGCCAUUCAGCGAUAUAAGAACAGCGCAAUACCCGCAUGGAAGAAGUACUCCAAGGCUGUAAAAGGUUUGAUCAAAGCUACUCAUAGUUGGGCAAAACAUGUCAGUCGCAAGAUCCAAGUGUACUCGAUGCCGUUCAGCAAGCGAAGGAGGAAGCGAAGGAGGAAGCCAAAUCAUUCAUCUCAAGCUCCCCGCACAAUUACGAUGACUAUAUCAAACAAUGCCUCGAGGAGUGCGGCAUGAACAUAGACUAAUGUAGUAUACAUGUGCGUAGACUUACUAGUAAGGUACUUAUGCAGACUAAAUCAAUUACCAAGAGAUAUGAUGAUGUAUCAAAGCUAUCUUUGAGAACAUAACUUUGUUUGUAUAUAUGAGUCUACAGCUUUCUUCCAGAGAAUGCUUUUUAUGUCAUUAUGAGUCUGUAUAUGCUUGGACUUAACCAGGGUGGGCCAAAAGCACGUUUAUAUUUUACUUCAAUAUUUUUUCGAAAACACAUGGAUUUCGAUAUAUGUUUUUGCAGGGAGUGCAGAAAUCACCUUCCCAAUUGUUUCUGAAAUGGGAUAAAUAAAUCUUUAGAGGGAUUCUGAUUAAUAAAGAUAAACUGGAACAAGCAGUUAGUUUAGCCAUGCUUCAAAUUAUAGUACCGAUUGACAUUAUAUUGUUCUCGAUGCCAGAUGUCAGAUAUCACGUAUGAGUUGGGAUUUUCAAUGUAUUCUAAAAUUAUUUUCAGACAAAAUAGAAUAUUAGAAGUAUCAUGAGACAUAUAAGUAAGAAAAACUGAGACUAAGCACAAACACUAAAAGGUGGUUUUGAAAAAUGUGUCUGUACAUGGAAAUCUAUUCCGAGUUCUUAUUUGUACUAAAGAAAAUCAGUAUGGUGCUUGAUUGGGCCCACGCAUUAAAUAACUUGUUUUUUCAAUGUCCUUCAAGACUCAUAUUAAUACUUUGCUAAUGUUCCUAGCCAAAAAGAGAUCU